AUGGCGUUUCCGAUAGAGACAUCACCAGCCAAAUCUCUACCUAAAUUGUCGAGAAAUUCAAACCCUUAUCACAUCAAAAGGCCGAUGAACGCUUUCAUGGUCUGGUCGAGGCUGCAAAGGAAGAAGAUAUCGAUGAUGAAUCCGAAGCUCCACAACUCGGAGAUUUCCAAGCGACUCGGUCUGGAAUGGAAGAGUUUGGAUGAGACUGAAAAGAGGCCGUUUAUAGAUGAAGCAAAGAGGUUAAGGUUAAAACACAUGAAUGAUUAUCCUGAUUACAAAUAUCGUCCGCGUCGAAAAAACCGAUUAGACGCUUCCGCUUACGGGAACCCAGCUUUAUAUUCCACUAGGGAGACCUUCGUCGAGAUCGAACCUCGAGUGGAUACCAGUUACCAGAUGCCAGUUAAUUAUACAGAGUCUCAGUACAUGUACAAUAAUGUUAUCAGUUAUACGGUGCCGAUAAGUCAAGCGUCCUUCAUGUCCCCGAUGAGACCUAAAGAGGAGAAUGUGCCUAGUUUGGAUCUCAGACCUCUGCCGUCAAUUGAGAGCAUUUCGCCCAGGCCUUUCGCAGUGGUCAAUCAACAGAUGAUGGUAAAGGCUUAUCCAAAUCUACACUACGUUCCCGAAGACGUUGCGAGAUUAUCGUACCAUUACCCUUUCAGUGUUCAGUAGAUGACGAUGUUGAUGUAAGAUCUUUUAUUAGUUAAAAUGGUUGUUGUUUUAGAAAUCUUUUCAUGAAAAGUAAUGUAAAAUAAAUAAAGUGCCGCUGUGGUGAGGAGAGUAGGUAUGAUGUAGGUGUAAUUGAAAGAUUUUUAAAACAUUUAUAGCGUUUUAUAUAAAUGAAGUAAACAAAAUGUAUAAAUAUUAAACGUAGAAAAGC